UUUUUCUUAACGAUUUCUUUCAAUCACUUGAAGGCUAGGGGCUCCCCAUCUCCAAGUACUCUCCCUCACCACCUUGUGUCCUAAGAGUACUUUAUUCAAUUUUCUUAUGCGUUAUUAGAGCACAUCGCAAGCAAUGGAACAAAGAGCUGUAGAUGUUCGGGAGGGGCAGGAACACAUGGACUUGCCACCUGGUUUCCGGUUCCACCCCACCGACGAGGAGCUCAUCACUCACUACCUCUCCAAGAAGGUUAUGGAUGCCAACUUCAAUGCAAGAGCCAUCGGAGAGGUCGACUUGAACAAGUGGGAACCAUGGGAUUUGCCUUGGAGAGCAAAAAUGGGAGAGAAGGAGUGGUACUUCUUCUGCGUGAGGGACAGGAAGUACCCAACUGGUUUGAGAACCAACAGGGCGACUGAGGCUGGCUACUGGAAAGCCACAGGGAAAGACAAGGAGAUCUACAGAGGGAAGAGCCUUGUUGGGAUGAAGAAGACCCUUGUCUUCUAUAGAGGCAGGGCUCCAAAGGGGGAGAAGUCCAAUUGGGUCAUGCAUGAAUACAGACUGGAGGGGAAGUACUCUGUCUACAACCUCCCCAAAACAGCAAAGAAUGAGUGGGUGAUAUGCAGGGUGUUCCACAAGAUUUCAAGUGGGAAGAAAGCCAUGGGGCUGGUGAGAGUGGGAUCAUCCUUCGUAGAUGAAUUGGGCUCGUCUCUUCUGCCACCAUUGAUGGAUGCUCCCUUCACCAGCAUGAACACCUCAUCGGCAUCAGACCUGGCUCACGUGACCUGCUUCUCCAGCGCAAUGGAGGGCCCAAAAGUCCAUGAAGAGCUGCUAGCGGAGUACCUCAACUCCCCUUUUCUCUCUGCCUCGGCCAACCCUUCAGAGGUGCCGCCACCCUCACUGCUUCUCGCCAAGAUGUCGCUGCCAAGCUCAUCGCACGCUCGCCAAGGGGCUUCGAACUUGGGAGGCAUGCAGUAUUCCGGUGGCAGUUUGGUGCAGUUGCUGGCGAGCGAUGGGUAUGGCCUGAAACAGAGCUUCAAGGCAGAGAGGGAGAUGCUAAGUGUUUCACAGGAAACAGGGCUCACCACUGACAUGAACCCUGAGAUCUCUUCAGUUGUGUCUAACAAUGACAUGGGAAGGCAGUCUUUUGAUAGACGAGAAGUCCCAUCUACUUCAGCUGGGCCUCUACUCAUUAACGAGUCUCUCUGGAACUACUGAAUUUAGUUUAGAAGGAAGCGCGCAGACAGAGUUAGAGAUAGAGAGAAAGAGAGAGAGAGAGUUCUAGUAUUGGCUUGUUUGUUUUGUUUAUAAAUCAGAUCGCUUGUGUAUACAUUUUCUGAACCUCCAAUAAGAUGAUUGUAAGAGGAUUGUAGUGUUUGAAGAUGAUUUCUUGGAAUUUUCGUCUUUUAGAUACAGAUUUGCAUUGUUCUCUCUACUUUUUCAUGAAAAAAUUAUGAUUUGAAA